CUCCACCACUCAGAGGAUCGCAGCUGACUGCGCUGCAUCCCCCCACAUUACGACAGAGGGUAGCCCUACUCAUCUCUGCUGUUCUCCAUUCUGAGGUGCAUGUCAUGCAAAAUUAAUUUCUUCAUUCAUCAGCUGUUUGCUUCCAUGUGACAAACGCGGCGGGACUAUUUUAGAGGCGGCAGAUCCCUAUCAGUGCCGACAUUACAGCAUAUGGAGAAUGCUCUCAAUCAUCCUCUUUAACUACUAUCAGCCACAUCAAGAUUGAGCCAUUCAGUGCCAUGGACCUUUAGGAGCAGUAAUGGCAAUUUACAGUACCCCUCGCUCUGAUUGGAUAGACUUGUAGCAUGCGUUCCCUACGUAAAACUGUGCUGUUAGCUCUGGUUGCGUCAGUGGUGCUGGUAUUGGCAGUGCUACAUUCAUGGCCCACUCGGGUCUACAGCACUGUGGAUGUCCGGUACAGGCCAGGCCCUGGAGCUGAACGGCUGCUGGAGGAGAGACUUCCUGAUCCGGAUCCCAGCGCUAGCACCAUCCCGUACCAUGUGAGAGAGGGUGUUGCCAGGCUCCUGGCUCGUAACGGGUGUGUGUGUGAAGGAGAGAGCAAGGGGGUCAACUUGCCCUUUGCACAACUAUUGUUCCCUAGAGUGUCUGCCCACCCCCUGCACACUGCCUUCCAACCCUCCCAGCUCCAUGAGAUGAAGAGACGGCGUGCCAAAGAGUACCAGAGCUUCCAAAUGAGGUCACAGUCCCCGACUGAUCUGCUGAUUGUAGCUGAAGCUAACAGCCCCCUGCAGUACCCAACACAGGGUGUGGAGGUUCGGCCACUUAAGACCAUCCUUAUACCAGGUUUGGCCUUAAAAGAUCUGCCCAGAGAUGUCUUCAAUGUGAACUUCUCAGCAUCUUUGGGCACAUUUAAUGUGGCAGCAGAGGUGGAGGGGGUAAAAGUCAGGGGUGAUGGUGAGAUGCACAUGACCCUGAGCAGCAGCUUUUUGCUAAGUCUAAACCGACAGCUUCAGUUUAUCACCUACACCAACACUCUGUUCCACCCCAGCACUGCUGACACAGUGCAGUUAGAAACAGAAGGACAUCAGGCCCUUUUCACCAUCAAGAUCCGGCAUGGAGUGACACCCAAACUCUACAAUACAGGCUCUGAUACAGAUCAAGAGUACAACAUCAGUGCUCUUGUGACCAUAGCAACCAAAACAUUCCUGCGGUAUGACAAGCUCCAGGAAUUAAUUGACAGCAUUCGACGGCACUACCCAACAGUUACAAUAGUCAUAGCAGAUGACAGUGAGCAUCCCAAAACGGUGUCUGGUCCGUAUAUUGAACAUUACAUUAUGCCCUUUGGAAAGGGCUGGUUUGCUGGUCGUAACCUGGCCGUGUCACAAGUGACGACAAAGUAUGUACUGUGGGUGGAUGAUGACUUUAUAUUCACUGCCAACACAAAGCUGGAGAAGCUGGUGAACGUGCUGGAAAAAACCACGCUUGAUCUGGUCGGAGGAGCAGUACGUGAAGCUACAGGCUACACUGCCACCUACAGACAGACGAUAUCAAUUGAAGCCGGAGAGGAAGACGGGGACUGUCUGCACAUGCGACGUGGCUUUCACCACAUCAUUCAGGGUUUUCCUCGUUGUGUUGUCACAGAUGGAGUCAUUAAUUUCUUUUUAGCUAGAACAGACAAGGUGCAGCAGGUUGGCUUUGACCCUCGGCUGGCACGUGUUGCACAUCUAGAGUUUUUUAUAGAUGGUCUUGGCUCCCUGCAUGUUGGGUCAUGCGAUGAUGUCAUCGUGAACCACGCCACCAAGAUCAAACUUCCGUGGGGCCAGUCGGAGAGCGAUAAAAAGUAUGCGAAGUUCCGUUAUCCUCCUGCUUCAUCUGAUGCGACACACACCAAAAAUGGCCUCUUGUACUUCAAAAACCGCUUCCAGUGUUUAACACACAACUGAACACACCUUGACAUCUCCAUUUUCUUUUUCUCUUAUUCUCCGUCAAACAGACUUUCUCUUCCGGAGUAGCUAAAGGGGCGCGUGAAGACUCACAGACUGUGGUACAGUACAUACCACACAUGGUCCCAUGUAUGUGUGGGAGAGUUCAAAUUGACCUUUUCUUUCGGAAGGGAUCCUCACGUGAUCAUCUUGACUGAAAUGAUGACUUGCGCAAUGAUUGGCUGAUUCAUAUUUUUUUGAUAACUGAGGAUGUGAUGUCAUGUUUUGUCUUCUUUCUUUAGAUUGAUUUUUGUUGAGAAGACUCUUUGCAUACAAAUCAAACCAUUACGUAAAUUAUGCAUAUCAGUUUUCUCCUCAGCCAAUCAUAUUUUAGUGUCACAUUUAACUGAAUGAAGAACUUUUCCUUUGGUACAGAAGAAUCAAGAAGGCUGUUGAAGUGCAAUUUUUAAAUCCGGUAAAGGGACACUCCUUCCCAUUGGACAUUUGGCUGAAAUGUCACUUCAGCUCCCUGCCUGGCAUUAAUUAUGUGUUUACCUAUCUAUGCGUGUCUGUGCGAGUUGUAAUGAGGGUCAUCUCUCUGUACGUUUGCACUAAAACAAAUGGAUUUCACAUUGGAGAGACCAGACCCAUAGCAUCACUAAAAGAAGGAAUUUACAGAAUAUCACAAACAAGUUUAAACCACAGAAAAUCCAACAUCUCUCCCCCACUUUAUGUCUCUCAUCCUUCAGCUUUCACAUACACACUCCAAAAAAAUUCUCAACAAGAGAUGGUGGGGUCAUUGUGUGUUGUUAAACAAAUUAAUUAUUUAUUUCAAGAGUGACUGUGCCAAAGGCUUAUAAUUACUGUUCUAGUUUGACUUAUUUAAUGUUUUGUAUGUAUGUUUUUCUUUCCUAAUUUCUGGUGUCCCUACAACCCACAGCACAAAAGCAUGAAGCCUCAUUUUAAUUGCAGUACAGUUGUCAGCAGAUGUUUCUCUACUUUAACUUAAAGGAUAUUAUGUUUUUUGUUUAAAGCUAGUUUUUUAAAAGGAAAAAGUUCCGGUUAGUGGAUCUUGUUGCAGAAUGGCCUUACUUAAAGCAAAAUCAACAUUAUUACUCUCUGGCACUAACAGCUGUGCAAACAUUAAAGAAACUACAGCCAAAUCAAAAAAUAAACUGUAAUGUUCAUGAUUCAACACUACCAGUCAAAUGUUUAGACACUUAAGUAAUUUUGUUAUACAUUCUUUCUGUUGUACUCUUUUAAAAGUAAUAGUAAAGUCAUGUAAUGUUCAGUCAACAUCUUAAUACCGGGCACUUGUUUGAUUGAUUUUUCACUUGCUGGUCAAGCUCAUUGAAGCAAUACUUACAAUAAUUAUUUUGUAAAGAAAUGUAAACAUAUGUUCAAUAUAUAUUUGUUUACACAA